AUGAUUACCCCAGAUGGUUUCAUUGCCACGACAACCCUUGAUGCAGCAGUUAAUAAUGGUCAUGUCAAGUUCAUUCGCUGGCAGGUCCACGAUGACUGGGUUGGCCAGGUUAAGUACUACCAUGAAAUAGACCAAGUGAUCUCCUGUUCCAACAGCUCAGAAACAUCACUUGUUAUUGGUUCAACGAUGGGCAGUACUCAUGUUGAACAGCAGCUAAAAGAAAUCAAAGUCAUCAGCACAAGCCAGGAGAAAAUGAAACAGAAAUAUUCCUACAAUCAGCCCAAACACAGACUAGAAGCAGAUGAGACCGUCUUUAAAGUUCACAAAGGAGUCAAAGUAUUUGAUUUUUCCAAGGCAAAAAACAUUCUUGUGACUGGGGGAAUGGAUAGAAUUAUUCGAUUGUGGAAUCCAUAUGUCUCAGGGAAGCCUACAGCCAUGUUGAGGGGUCAUGCUUCUCCCAUUUUCUACCUGUUUAUUGCUGAUGACGAUAACAGAAUCUUCAGUUUAUCAAUGGACAGAUGCAUAAAGGUAUGGGAAGUUCAGGAUCACACUUGCCUUCUAACCAUUCGACCAAAAAGUCACAAGAUUCGGGGAGAUCUCCAAGCUGUUCACUACUCUUCUAUAUCUAACACGUUGGCUGUUGCAACUGACCAGAUAUCUUUCCUAAACAUCAAGAACAG